AUGUUCGUGCAGAGAACGUUUAUAGCUCAGCACGCGCGGGAAAAGAGCCGCCCAUUCAACCCGAGUCGCUCAGGAAAAGUUGGUCGGCGGCAGCACCCGGUGGCUUGCUCGUACCUGCCCUUGUCGCCCACGUCGCCGGGGCCUGGGCCGUCGAGACCGGAGAAGGAACUUCAAAAGAAGAUAGAUAAUUUUCUCAAGCAAGUUCGUACGAGCUUUGCACGGUUGACGCGUCGUGGACAGUCGCGCGAAGCAGAGCGCUCUGCUGGGCCGCUCCCGGCGCCGUUGUCAGAGGCCCUGGCGGCGUUGCGGAAGCGCUUCGGCGACGAUUCAGCGCAACCCAGCAGUUCCAGUACGGAAGACGGGUCUAUCAGCAGCAUUUUGAAGAGCGCAAGCGAGUUUGUGGACAACAUAGUAUCCUCUGGUACGGGUUCGAUGCCAGAUCUAGGAGCUGUCCUGUCCGAUUUGGUUGAGGAUGCGCAGUCGCGUCUCGGGCAGACACGCAAGGAAAUCGAGCGCUGGAGUCGCGAUACGAGCAGAUACAUCCAAGACCAGCUGCCGGAUGAUACGGCGCAGCGAAUGCGCGACCUGAACGACGCCGUACGCUCGGUGGCGAUGACGGGGCCGGGCGAUAUCGACAUGCCAGCACGCCUGCGGUCCGCAGAGCAGACGUUGCAGAACCUACGCGGAGACUUUGAGAAUCUCAAACCGUACUUGUCGAAUACGUUGUCGCCAGUGGUUUCGGAAGCACAACGGUUCCUGGAAUCUAUUCGUUCGCAGUACAAUCGCUUUGUGGAGACCAAGCUCGCCGAAAUGACGGCAUCGAUUGGUAUAGCGGAGUCAUCAUACAUUGCAGAACCUCUUCGCGGGCGCAGGGUCCCUUUUGAUGCGCAGCUGGCUUUACUCAUGGCGGGGUUCACUUUCGACGCUUAUCGAGAUCCAGAGCCACACGAGGGCAAACGAUGCGCUCUCGGGGACCUUCAGACGGUUUAUCUCUCCCUAGAUUUUGUUCGGGAAUGCUUCGAGGGCGUGCUCACGGGACAAACUGGACGCAAUUGGGCGUUGGAGUAUCCACCGGAGGACUCGGCUCGCGAGGAUAGCAGCUACAGCUUCUACAUCAGAGAUUUCGAGAACGAUGAUGCCACCGUCAUUGAAAACAAGCCCUUUUUCCGUACAGAACGCCGAAAAGUUAAGGUCAAACAAAUUCCGGAAUCGCGGUUUGUGCGUUUCAAAUUGAAUGGUAAUGGAAAUGAGGAACACGGGCUUAAUUCUGAGCAAAUGGUGACUUCAUCAGAGUCUUCUCUGAUAGGGUUCGCGAACCAAGCAACACGCCGCUGGACGGACGCCGCACAGUAUGCGUUUCAUCGAACAGUGCAACUCGCUCAGCGACAAGCGAAUAGCACCGAGAUCGCAAGAUCCGUGGAGCAACUGAUUCGCGAGUCAAACGUUCCGCCAGGCGAACUGCGAGAAUGGGAUGAGUUGCAGCGACGGGUCUUGGAUGAGAUCAGCUGCUACAAGGACACAGAGAGGCUGAUGUUCGUCAAACAUGUUGGUACUGAUACUGAGUUUUAUAUCUGGCGUUCGCCUCCGGGCGAGCCGAACCGACGCGUGGUCUUCGCGUUCCGUGGAACAGUCCAAAUGUCCUGGCGCGAUUUCCUGACCGAUGCCAAGCUCAAUCAGGUGGAUUUUUCUGAAGAAACUCGCGUGGAAGGGGCUUGCGUACAUGCUGGGUUCGCCGAGGCGUACCGCUCGAUCCGGGAGACAGUUCGGCGCGUGGCGCUCUAUUUCGUGGAAAAGAGCCGGCGAGAAGGCACCCUCUCCAGCGAAGGGCUUGAGUUCUUCUUCACCGGACAUUCGCUGGGUGCCGCGUUGGCCACACUUGCGGCGCUCGAUGUGACGCGCGUUCUCGAGGAUCGUGGCAUUCCGUUGAGCCAGCGUGCACGCAACGGUGUCCGCAUUCGUAUGUACAACUUUGGCUCGCCGCGGGUUGGCAACGGAGUGUUUGCGCGGACCUUCAAUACGCUGGUACCUGACGCUUAUCGUAUCGUGAAUGACGCGGAUGUUGUCGCUCGAAUGCCGCGUACAUUAAGUUUCGACUAUCAUCACGUCGGAUCAACGGUCCUUGUGAACGCUGACGGCAAACUCUGGAUAGAGGGUCAGAGUCCGGGCAGGGAUCCGCUCAAGGAGCGAUGGAGCACCAUCGAGGAUUUGAUCAAGCUGGAGCAACGCGCGUUCGAGAGCAUUUUUAACAAUGAAGCGCUUUUGCACCACCUAGAAGAUGCCUAUUUCGUCGCUUUAGCUCGAACCAUCGUGAGGAUCUCCGAAUCAGCCAUUUUGUAA